CUCAGCUGCGUGCACGCGCAGUCCUGACUCUGUUCUGAGAUCUCGCUGCGCGCACAAGCGACUCCUCGAUUUCCACUCUGCGUCCCGACUGCACACCAGCGUGAGAGGGGAAAACUUUCUUAAAACUUUUUUAUCGCUAUUUUAUCGCUUCUCCUCCUCCUUCGCGGAUCUCGUUAACAGAAGAAACUGGUUAAGAAGUGCCUUACCUUUACAACACUAAACAUGUGUGUGCUUUCAUAGCGCUGGAAGUAGCGCAGAUUUGCUUUUGUUUUUCGUUUAAAAAAAGUUGCAACGAAGAGCGCAGAGUCUUGAGUGCUUUACUGUUUGUUGUUACUUUUGUCGCUUUUUAUUUGUUUCACACCGCGGGAUUGUUUCGCUCGCUGUUCUUCAGAGGCCCGGUUUUUAUUGCUCAAGAAAAUCCAGUUCGCGAGAUCCGAGCGGUUAAGACAAGUUAAACGGAGACGCCGCAUCCCCAUGAGGAAACCAGAAGUGCGAGUCGAAGAGAUUUCGUGACUUAACUCUUUGUUUCGUUUAUUUUUUUUACGUUUUGCUGUUGCGGCUUUGUUGCUCAAGCAGUCAGCGAUGAAGAUGUUCGUUGUAUUUACUGUAUGUCUGUCGGUCGUGGUUUUGGCGUCGGCUCAGGCUGAUCAGAAGGUGAAGAACUGCAAUGAAGUCAGAACUGCCUACAGUUCCAAAGGUUUCAACGUCAACGAUGUUCCCAACAAAGGAGUGCAUGUAAAUCAUCUGAAGGUGUGUCCUCAAGGUUUCUCCUGCUGUACUCUGGAAAUGGAGGAGAAACUGAGUCAGCAGAGCCGCACAGACCUGAAAGCCCCCGUUCAUCAGCUCAGCUCCAACCUGCAGAACACCUUCAACCAGAGACACCGUCACUUUGACCAAUUCUUCAGAGAGCUGUUAAGCAAUGCCGAGAAAUCUCUCAACGACAUGUUCGUGCGGACCUACGGCUUGAUGUAUGUGAAGAAUGCCGAGCUCUUUGAGCAAUUCUUCCGUGACCUACGCCUCUACUACAGCCACGGGAGCAGCGCUGUCAACCUGGACGACAUGCUGGCGGACUUCUGGACGGAGCUUCUGGAGCGCAUGUUCCGACUGGUCAACGUGCAGUAUGAGUUCAAUGACUCGUACAUGGAGUGCGUCAGCAGGCACAUGGAGCAGCUCAAACCCUUCGGUGACGUUCCACGCAAGCUCCGCCUGCAGCUGACCCGGUCCUUCAUCGCAGUUCGCACAUUCACCCGAGGCCUGGCGCUCAUGCCGGAGGUGGUGGGCAAAGUCUCCACGGUAAGCGCCUCUCCGAAUUGUGUGCGUGCGGCUAUGAAGAUGUUAUACUGCCCGUACUGUACCGGGCAGGUGGCGCUGAAGCCCUGCAAGAACUACUGUCUCAACGUCAUGCGAGGCUGCCUGGCCAAUCAGGCCGAUCUGGACACAGAGUGGAAUAACUUCCUAGAUUCCAUGUUGGGUCUCGCUGAGAGACUGGAAGGACCGUUUAACUUUGAGUCAGUCAUGGAUCCCAUAGACGUGAAGAUCUCAGAUGCCAUCAUGAACAUGCAGGAGAACAGCAUACAGGUUUCACAGAAGGUGUUUCAGGGAUGUGGGCAGCCCAAACCCAACACGGCUUUCCGCACCCGGCGCUCUUCUAAAGAUUCAGGCUUUCCCGGGCGUUUCCGACCCUACAGUCCUGAUGCCAGACCCACCACUGCUGCCGGCACCAGCCUGGACCGACUGCUGACAGAUGUCAAGAAGAAACUGAAGCAUGCCAAGAAGUUCUGGUCCACCCUGCCAGACACUGUGUGUGUUGGAGAACGGAUUGCUGCCGGUGACGAAUGCUGGAAUGGUACAGCCAAAAGCAGGUACGAAUCUGUCGUUAUAGGCAACGGCUUAGCCAAUCAGGUGUCUAAUCCAGAUGUGGAAGUUGACAUCACCAAACCAGACAUGGUGAUUCGGCGGCAGAUAGCAGUGCUGAAGGAAAUGACCAGCCGGCUUAAGGCUGCUUACACUGGCACCGACAUCACAAUCAGUGAGGACACCGGCAGUGGAGAGGAAAGCGGAAGCGGCUGCGACUCACCCACUUGCGACAGCGACGGGGACAUCUACUUUUCCACCCCAGCGCCCGCUAAACCUCGCAUUAUCAAUGUUCAACCUAACAAACAGCCCUCCAGCGGUACACGGUUGGCAUCCUUCAGCCUAACACUGGCUGUGACGGCGCUUCUGCUCGCCCUGAUCACCCCACACACAAGAUAAGACCGGCUGAGAAAGGAAGAGGAUGUGUGUUUGUGCGAAUUUAAACACGAGAGCAGAAAACUGCCAUAGGACAUUAAAGACACUGCUUUCAGGAUCUCCGUCUGCCUGCCAUCCGGGGAAGACACUCAAGUUAUUAAUAUUCAAAUAACUUCCCUUCAGUGUAUUUUUCAUGUGUUUAUACGAACGGACUUCAUUUGUGUACAGCUAUACGUUUCCAUUUCACAUCAGCUGGGUUUUAUUCCUCUGUGUCUAUAGUGUCCAGAAUCAUUGAUGAUGACUCGUGAUUUUACAUAAGUGUUAGUUUAAAAGUAGGUCAGAUUGAGUGUGUGUCUGGGUGGAUGGUGUGUACGAUUGGCUGUAUAUAUCAUCCGAGCGCUUUUUAUAAAAGGUAAUCAAUUAAUCAACCCAUAUAUCCCAUAUGAUUUAAGCAAAUCUGUAAUUCUGUAUUUUAAUGCAUUGAGCAUGUAUGUUGGUGUGCAUGGAGGCUUUGGUUGGCUGCAGAUCAUAUAUACGUGAUAAAAACUUCAUGAUGCCUUAAGUAGACCCUUAAGGGGCACAGCUGACAAAAAAAAAUGUAUACAAUGCUGCCUUAUGAGUGAAAUCAACACUAGAAGAUCCCAGACACAAAGCUUUUUGUUUUCACAGCCCCCGUAUUGUCAUCCCAGUAUAAUAUAUAACUUGAGAAUAUAGUCUUCAGUAAUAACUUAAAAGUGUGUGAUGAAGAAGGAGCUUUGGUUAAGUCUGAAAGUUGAUACAUUGAACAGGCCUUGAUGGUUCCCUCAAAGCUGAUCAUGCAUUCUGCAUGAUGUGUGGCCUGAGUAAAGUUGUUGUUUUACUGGAUAUUUUGAGGAGAACCAGCUAUGAAGAUGGCUUAAGACUGAGCUGUCUGGAGGAAUUUUACACAGGGUUUUAUGUGGAGGUGUUUAUUUUGCUAGAAGUGUAUUGUAAGGUAUAAAACUGUAUGAUAGGUACUGCAACAGAUUUCACUACAUGGUGACAGACGGUGCUGAUUUGAGAGGUUGGGUGGCCUCUUUCAUGUUUGUAACAUAGCAUGUCCAGUCUUUUCCCUAUUCCAGAUUGUUUUCCAUAGAAGUCGGUACACAUUUUUAAAACCAUUCCUCAUGUAGAGCAAUAGAUAGAGUGUGUGGUACGUUCCAACACCAGUUUCAAAUAGCAAUGUGUGCGAUUUCCCAUUCAGAUGUCUGAUGAGUGCUUGUUGGUUGUUUAAACGAAAUCUCUCGAACUUCAAGGGCUUUCCACCCACCUCUCAGAAAAACUAGCUCCCUUCGCUCUUGUACAGUAAGUUAUUUAACCACAUGUCUCUUUGAAAGGCAUUCGCAAGCAUCGCUUUCCUAGGUAUCUUAAUUUCAGUAUUCAAAAUAUUUAUGUCUGUAGAUGAACGCGCUCUAAUGAAUUCACAAAUUAACUGAUGGUUUUAUAUCGGCUUCAGAUUUCAUGUUACAUACUAUUUAGAUUUUGUAAACCGAGCUAGCGUUCGUUCUGUCGUUAUAGUUUUAUGUAAGGGGAUUGUGAAAAUCGUACAAGCUGAUGCAAGGACAGGGCUGGCCAUCGGUCCUUGAUCGUUCCUGAUGUCACAUGCACUUUUAAUUGGCAUUCAGAUACCUCACAGCGAGUUUUAAAUGAUGCUUUUAAUUCUGUCUGCAACAUGCAUACUUUUUACGUUCAUUUGUAUUCAUUCGUUUGGAGGUUCAUUCAGUAUCUAUGGAUGAAUGGCCAGUCCUCAGACAUGAAAAGAGUCUUGUCAGGGUUUCAGGAGCGUGAAAUGAGUAACGCUCCGCUUCGCACCUCAGAUUGGUUCAGGUGUAUUUUUUUUCUAGACUGAUGUGUUGACAUGAAUAGGAAGCAGUAUGUGUUUUCUAUACUUUUGACCCAAAGCUUCCCAGUCACAUGUUAAGGUGGCUCUGAUGUAACGACCAGGAAAGGAAGUGUCUUGUGUCAGUGUGAAGAUGACAUGGACUCUUGAAUGAACCUCUGCAAUGUCAUCUUUAGAUUGUAUGCUGACCUUCAGGUGGACAGAGCGCGGGGCCCGCAGCCCUGUACGUCAGUGGAGUCAUCUGCGAUGAGGAGUGAGAGAGACUGAAGAAAGAAAAGAAAAAAAUUGUAAAUAAUGAGCAGUCGUUUUAGUGGUCUCUGAGAGAUGUUCAUCAGAUUUUACCCAUUCAGAGUAUGUGCUUAAUAUGGGCGAAAACAAAGAGAUAGAUGCUAAAAAAAUUGUAAGAGAAAAGUUAUAUUAAACAUUUCUUAGUCUUGUUGAAAUAAAGACUGCAGAUAUUUAAA